AUGGACGUCCCUUUCUCGUCAGAAGUCGAGCUUAACAAGCAGCUAGAACUAGGAGCUGUUGCACAGGACACCAACAUUCGCCGGUCCGACGGGGGUAGUACCUCCUUACCAGGACAACCGCGAGUCGCAUUGACCGAGUCUAUGGGGUUGAAGCAGUAUUUGGAUGAAGAACAUUCGACGACUGACUUGGAUACGCUGGCUCCCAAGCUCUGGCUGGUUUCAACACCUCGAUACUGGCACAUAUCACCUUUGCACCAUCAAGCGGUUCGGGGACGAAACAUCAUCGUCACAGAAAACCCCCAGCUUCAUCUCGUUUGGUACUAUGACCGCAUAUAUAUCAAGCCUAUCCCGAGGUACCUGCUGUCGUACGCAUUCUGGAAAUUCUUGAAUACUCAACCGGUCGAGCUUCGUAGAGCGAUCACCGGCUUCGUACGAACAUAUGCAUAUCUUGUUCGAUACGAGUGUGAUUUCCGGUUGGCCACUAGUAAUGAGCAUCACCUGGCUUUGAUUCCGAAAGACGACGGCUCGGUUUCAGCUGAUGGAUCCGACCACAUUACUUUCGAACGCUUUGCCAGGUUCAUUGCUGCUUUUCAGAAGCUGCCCGAUGGUAGCGUCAGUCCGAGAUAUCGCUAUGGAGAGCUUCGCCUCAGCCGUCUGAAUAUGUGUGCUCGAAUCUUCCUGAGGAAGCUUACCUUCCAUCAUAUCGACGCGCAGUGGGGUGCAUAUCUAGGACACUUCCUUGCCCCAUUACUUUCGAUUUUUGCAGUACUGUCUGUCGCUUUGAGUGCUAUGCAGGUAGAGCUCGGCGUACAGGGCUCGUUGCAGUAUUCUUUACCGAAAUGGACUCACUUUGCUUAUGUUUCCAGAUGGUUUUCAUGUCUGAUACUUGUCAUUAUCGUGAUCACGGCCCUUUUUUUCAGUCUGUUGAUAGCGUUCAUGGCACUUCAUGAUAUUUGGUUUGCAAGGUCCGUGUUACAGCAAAGACGUCGGGCUCCAGCCGAGAUCUCUAACGGAUUUAAAUCCGGGGUAGUGUAG